CAGAGUCUCUUAUCCCUUGUUCAGAUCUACCCUCCGAGAAGCGGAAGUGGGCUUUACGAAUUUUCGAGAAAAACAAUGUUCAGCAUCGCCAAGGACGAUUUGGAGCGUCAGAUCAAAGAGCUGGAUGGUAAUACAUUAAACCUCGAGCGAAUUCGACGAUACAGCAAGUCAAAUAUCAAAAUGACAUUGCCAUCAGCUUCUCGAGCGGUCUCAAGAAUAACCUCAUUUCUCGAUGUGGUCGCCGAGCAUGCAUAUCGUCUUUAUUCUGCUAUUUCUAUUAGAUAUACAGAACAAUGUCACGCAGACCAUGAAGAUCAAUUCUUUAUUCAACACAGAGCAGAUUCAAUAAAAAAGCCGAGAUCAGUCAGAAAGAUACCGUUGGCAUUUACAGUAGGUUUUGGGCCAGCUAAACCGAGACUAUGCUACAAGGCGGAGAUCAAAUUAUUGGAAGAGGAGCAAUCGUAUUGCUUGGAUGGGAGUGAGCAAAAUAGCACUUCGGCAAAUCAAUCACACAUACCUGCCAUUUCUACCCUGCCUGGUGUCAAAAGAAGCAAAACUCCCAAAGUAUCCUUUCAGCCUCCAGAUGCACCUCAAGAUUCACCGCCACAGCUCAGCUUUAUAGAGGACUUGUGCCAACACUCGUCAGGCUUGAGUUUUGAAGAACUCUUUCUGUCCAAAAGAGGUCUUCUCUGUCAUUCUUCUCCACAGGCAAUAUCAUCAAUGAACACCUUGGGUACUGCCCAAUUAAUACCACUCGAGGACGCUUUGCAGGCGGGAAAUCUAUCAUUGAACCAGCGGAUGACUUUAAGUCUAAGUGUGGCUUCAUCUGUGAUGCAGCUCAAUUCCACGCUCUGGAUUUACUUGCCAUUGAACGUGAAAAUGGUUUAUCUGAUUCCAGACGGACCCAUAACACCCGCUACGCCACUGCAGCCUUUGAUAAAACACAACUCCAUAUUUGCUACAAUUAACAAACCGCAUUGCAGUGUUCGGCGCACAAUGCUAGAAUUGGGCAUAUUCUUACUCGAGCUGUGGCAUCAACAGACCUUUGCCUUCUUUCUUGCCAAUUCUCAGAUAACGGCUUCCAAUACCAUUGGAUGUCGAUAUGACGCCGCGUGUCAAUGGGUGGACGAGAGUAUUCAUAACAUCAUGCCAUUUUAUCAUGAUGUGGUUAAAAGGUGCGUGGAAUGUAACUUUGCGAUGAGUCCUAGUGGCCCUGCGGAAUUUGACUGGAAUGAUCCAAUUUUUCGAAAGUCGGUGUACGAGCAUUUGUUGCAGCCUUUAUGGGAGGAAUGUAGAUUGAUUUGA